AGCAGUAAUGGCUCCCACAACCCCUAGGGUUUCCUUCAAUCUCAGGGUUGGUGACGGUAAACGGUGCCACAUUCGAGUAGACGAAGAGGAAAUCCAUCAGAUUAAAUCACUCUCAGACAAAGAAUCAACGGCUGCAGUCCUUAGGAAUCUGUUUGACCUCAGCGUUAACAGUGGUAGUCACAUCUCCAUUGAAGUUGCAGACAAAGAGAUCCAUCCAACCAAACAAAAAAAGCAAGACCAAAACCAAGAAGCAAAACCAGAGCAUGCCACUGGUAACAAAGCAGUGGUGCCUUUUGGUUCUAGGGGCCCUAGGGGUUUCUUUGACAUAACGAUCGGUGACAUUAAAGCAGGCCGGAUCAUAAUGGAGCUCUACACUGACGUGGUUCCGCGGACUGCAGAGAGCUUCAGGGCCCUGUGCACUGGAGAAAAAAGUAAAGCCCCCAAUGGGAAGCCCCUCCAUUACAAGAGAUCCUCAUUCUUUUCAGUCGUUCCAGGCGUGUUCUGUGGAGGUGGCGAUUGCACUGGUGUUGGUGGAAUGUUUAAGGAUGAAAAUUUCAAGGAGAAGCAUAAAGACUUUGGCGUCCUGUUCAUGGCUAAUGAAGGAAAGCGUGAUAACAAUGGCUCGAGGUUUGCUAUAGACCUUAACAAGAACACUCGGUACGAUGGACACUAUGUUGUGUUUGGUGGGGUGGUGGAGGGGCUGCAUGUGGUCCGGGCAAUCGAGAAUGUCAGCUCACCUUCUAGCGUGAUCAUCAAGCCCGUUCUUAUUGCAGACUGUGGCGAGGUUUGAAGACAUAACAACCAAGCCAAGAGCUCCUUCCUCUGC